GGAGCACUUUCAUUGGCUAGAAACUCCCACACAGGAGCUGAUCCGCACAUUUUCCGGCAGUUUGACACCGACUCUGAGUCCUGGGAUGUAGCUCUGGGCCGAGCCGAACCGAGCCGGCGGGGUAAUCACAGCAUUACUGAGUGCCGCAAGCAGCCGCGCGCCCGGGCAACAGGGAGCAGAUUGACCGGAGGGACAGAAUGAGCCAGAACACCGCGGACAUGAGCACGCUGUGCCUCUUUGAUGUAGACGGCACGUUGACGGCCGCGAGACAGAGUGUGACUCCAGAGAUGAAGGCAUUCCUGGAGAAGCUGAGGACUCGGGUUCGGGUCGGAGUGGUUGGCGGCUCGGACCUCAGUAAGAUCAAGGAGCAGCUGGGAGAAGACGUCAUCCAGAAAUCAGACUAUGUGUUCGCCGAGAACGGCCUGGUGGCGUACAGACAUGGACAGCUGCACUCCGUCCAGUCUAUCCAGGCCCACAUGGGAGAAGAGCUGCUGCAGGAUUUCAUCAACUUCUGUCUGAACUACAUGGCCAAGAUCCAACUGCCCAGGAAAAGAGGUACGUUCAUCGAGUUCCGGAACGGGAUGCUGAACGUAUCUCCGAUCGGACGCAGCUGCAGCCAGGAGGAGCGCCAGGAGUUCUACGAGCUGGACCAGAGAGAGAAGAUCCGGGAGAAGUUUGUUUCUGUGCUGAAGGAGGAGUUCAGAGGGAAAGGGCUGUCGUUUUCCAUUGGAGGGCAGAUCAGCUUCGACGUUUUCCCUGACGGCUGGGACAAGCGCUACUGCCUGGACAUCGUGGACAAGGACAACUACUCCACCAUCCACUUCUUUGGAGAUAAAACCAAACCGGGAGGAAACGACUUUGAGAUCUACAGCGACCCGCGGACCGUUGGCCACGAGGUGUCGAGUCCCGAGGAGACGCAGCGGCUCUGCCAGGAACUGUUCUUCUCCUGAAGGGGGCGCAACAGCCUGAACUGGACCUUCUGCAUGAGAACUUGCAGAAGAUUUUAGUUUUUUUUUUUAUUUCUCUGGUCCGGUUCGGUGGUUGGGACCAGCUGGGAAACCUGGUCUGAUGUUCCUGAACUGUAAAAGCUGGAAACUCAAUAAAACAGGAAAUAAUGC